UUUAAAUUCGUAUUUGACAUUAACUUUGACCAAUUGAAUUUUAGACUUUGACUAAAUAAUUUUCUUGACUUUGACUAUGAGUGAAUGGGUUAUAACACACAAGUAGGCUAUAUAAACAAACUGCUCAAAGCCCAUCUUAUUAUUUAUCUAAAUUUGAUACACUGUAGAUAUGAAAGUCUUCAAAAUUGUAUUUAUUUUUUAUUUAUUUUUUGGUUUUGUUCAUUUGUUCAUUGAAUUGAGGCUAUGAUGUAUAUUUUAAUAUGAAAUUUGUGAGAUUGAACUGAGGCUUUGUUCAUUGAACUAAGACUAUGAUGUAAAUUUGUAAUAUAAAAUUUGUGAGAUUGAAUCGAGGCUAUGAUGCUCAUUGUUAUGUAAUUGUUUUUUUGUUUUGUUCAUUCUCUCUUCGAGGUUAAGGGGCAGCUUGUAAUAGGCGGGAGAAAUCAUGGAGUAUGUCAUAGUUGAUACGGAGCACAAACGUAAAUGGUUCAAUUGUUGCAGCGCGAACUCUGGCUAUUGGAAGUGGUUUAAAGUAGGAGAAACAAGUGGUGAAUCAAAGAAUGUUUGCAGUACAUCUACUAAGCCUUUGGCGAACAAAUUAGAUGAAGAUAUAUUUGGUGUGUUCCAAACCAUGUGUCACCUAAGCCACGAGAAAGAUGUGGAUAUUUCCGUGAACUACGUAAAGGAAAUGCUGUUGCGGAGGGGAAUAAGAAGUGAAAAGUGUGGGCCUACUUUUGUUGUUGUUGAUGUGUUUGCCUAACAUUUCGCAUAUUUGGAGUCUGUAAUUGCAUGCCUAUCAUUUUGUUAUUUAGUUUAUGUGGUCAAUGGAAUUGGGUGUCUAUCAUUUGGUUAUUUAGCUUUUAUGGUGAAUGUAAUGUCAUGCCUAUCACUUGGUUACUUAGCCUAUCGUUUUGU